CUCAUCCCUCAUCCUGCGCUGCGCCUUCGGAUCAUUAUAAACAGCUCUCAAUCGUAUCUUAUUUUCCCAGACCUGCGUUGGCCUUGCACUGCUACUCCAUCUCGUUCUAACCCUGUGACAAAUCUUGAAUUACCUCUUCUCCAGCAAGAUUGUUGCUUCGACUCAUAAAGCGACGCUCCACUUCCGACGUUACCGGAAAGAAGCCUCGGAAAACCCCUCAGGCCUGUUUACCGCCAGCGAAGAACGAUAUGACGUCACAACUCCCAGCAUCUCUCCGAAUUGCCCAAGUCGUAGGCAUCACAACAUCCGCCUUCAUUACCGGUAUGUCGCUGUCUUACACAUAUCAGUUCUUAUCAAAUCCGGCGAGCCAUCACUUAGCCGCAUCUGCUAGCCAUCUCAGUCCCAAGGCUGGUGAACAUCAUGCGAUCAAAUGGAUCGACAGAAUCUCCUUCUGGCUGUCAUGUGUUGACCUACCCAAGCUAAUGCACCAAACAGGCGGCUUCAGCACAAUUAGCUAUGCAGCCAUCCCACCACUACAUCUAUCGCCCGCGCCAAUUCUUGCACGGCAAUGGAACGAACUGCACGACCUUGGAAGACGGAUAGCGCUGUCGGUUACUCUGGCCUCGGCGCUGGCGUUUUCAUAUCUUGCUACUGACGCCGGGAAACACCCUCUGCGUCAUAGUUCGUAUGCGUUCGAGCUCUAUACAGGAGCUGCGGUCUUUAUACCGGCAUUCGUGCCUUUCACCAUGUUCUUCAUGGCGAAUACGACCGAGGAUCUACAUGCCAAGGCCGUAGAUUCUAAGUUUGGUGAAGAAGAGAAUCUACGUAAGUUGGUCUGUAAUUGGAGAUACUAUAAUUACACAAGGGCUGGACUGACUGCGGUUGGGGCUUUGAUGGGAACCAUCGCGGUGGUCGGCUUGUAGAAUAUGUGCCUGAUAGAUUGCAGAGCUGCCUAGCAAAAGCCACAAGAUGUAGGAGGAGUCCACCUUCAUACGUGUUGUAGUUCGUUCAAUUAUUUUCGCGUGUAUCUUGAUUAAGCCGUUGACGUUGCACUGGUCGGCUAGGGACUUACGAGAACUAGACCUAAUAGAAUUUGAUCUUAGUAUCGUCAGUGCAACUGUAUUUUGAAUCGUUUUGAGACAUUGGCGCAUUGAAAGGGAUGGAAGAAAGCGUUUAAUGGAAGACUGAAUGAAUAUAUCGGAGGUACUAUCACGUGAUAGCGGGCCGUCUUAGCGAGAGCACAGGCCACAUUCACACUUGGAUUUUCAGUAUCGUGCAGGAGCACCACAACUUCGCCUC